AUGGGCUGGGUUGGGCACUAUAUGUCAUUGUUGCUGAGCAGGGUACGGUGUAUAAAUUUGGUUACACAUUGCAGUAUACAGCACAAAUCAUUGAGAAAGUUAUUGUCUGAGUAUGAAAAACUGAGCAGUGUUGUAAAAGACUAUUUAAAUAAUUUCCAAGGUUCAUAUUCAGUAGACGUGGCAUUGUUGCCCAAAAAAUUAAGCCACAUAAACGAGACAAUUGUGAGAAUUUGCGCAGAAUUUGCUUCUACGAGGGACAUUGUCAACAUUUACCAUACUUUCAGCAAGUCAUAUUUAUACACCUUACUGGAAUGUCCAAACUCAUUAGAUUUUAUUUCCAUUGAUAGUGGUUAUGAUUUGGUUAAUCAAAUUUCUAAAGAUGGCAAUCUUAAAUUUACCCUAUUUUCGUUAGAGCAGCAAUGUUUGAAGCUCAUAACGGUGAUAUACCCUUACCAAAUCGCAAUCCUUAUAUCUUCCCACCUUAGGAUGGGUCGGUGUAAUGAAGUAUUUAUAACGGAACUACUCAAUUCAUUUGCAGGAGUAAAUACGCAAGAAUCUAAAGUUAGAAUUCCAUUUUACAACCCAAACACCCUAUCCCUCAUGGCGCACAUUGCUCACAUUUGCAGGAGUAAAGGUAUUGAUAUUCAGCUGUUGGAUAGGGUAAUUGAGUUCAUUUUGGUGCAAUCAAAAGGCUGUGUAAACAAAUUUACGCCUUUGGACACAGUUACUUUAACUUAUUCCCUAGUAAAAUAUGGGUGGGAAACUUCUAAGAUCAGUGAAAUUUUGUUACUUGUACUAACACACGGUACUUACGAUAUAAAUAUGUUUCAGUGCAGCAUUGGCAGAUUUGAAGAUUUACAGCAACUUUCCUUGUUAGCCAACGUUUUAAGUUGGUGUUUUCCUGUCACAAAUGCACUAGUGGAUAGUGUUGUAGACCUGGAUUUCAAAAUCAAUAUGUGGUCAAUAGUACUAGCGCAAUACUUUAAGCUUUUAACACAACUCAAACUGGAUGGUAUUGAUCUCAUUAUGUAUAGUAAUGUAGUAUCAAAGUUUGGAAUUGAGUUUAAUACAAUGUCCAAGGAAGUCGAUGAAGAAUUUAGCAUGCAAAAGUGUGAGAAACUAACGAAUUCACUGGUUAGUUUCGCUAAGGCAUUUGAAUUAGACUACUCGACGGAUGAGAUUAGACUAACAAAAUGUGGCAAAGUUGUUAAAUCUAAGCAGAUUAUUUAUCGCAUAUACAGGUCAGUAGAGCGGCACAUUUGUUCUAGCGAGCAACACAAUGUAGCUAUAGAUAUUGGCGGUGAUUUAUUCUAUGGAAUCUACGGACAAUUUUAUAUCAUUGCAGACAUUGUGUGCAGAAUGAUUAAAUCCAAUUAUUUACAUGCCAAUGUAAAAUUUGUUGCCCCUCAAACGUUCUCAAAUUCUUUGAAUGCCUUAUCACGUCUGCAUAUACAACAGUAG